AUGGCAAGCUUUGUGCCGCGACAAGUAUUUCCCCACUAUGGAGCUAUUCCAAGGUCUUACUUUCUUGGACACCACGCGGCAGGAUUAAGCAAGAUGAAGAACAUGCUCACCUCGAUCGAUUAUGUUAUUGAAUGCCGCGACUAUCGGGCUCCAGUUACGUCAAUUAAUCCCUUGUUUGAAGAAGCAUUGGGUAAGAUCAGACGGCUGGUUGUUUAUACCAAGAGAGAUCUUGGGAGCAUUCCCCAAUCACGCGCACAGAGUCUAGUGAAAAACAAAGUUCGAAGCUUUGAUCCAGAUAGCACUGUCUUCUUCACCAACACUUCCUCUCGCGCAGACUUCAAUAAAAUCCUCAAGCAGCUCCGCAAUGACGCUCAGUCUCUUGAUAAGCUUGUUGGAUGCCGUAUAAUGGUGGUUGGAAUGCCCAAUGUGGGCAAAUCUACUCUCAUCAAUCAUCUUCGCAAUCAUGGUGUGGGAAAAGCAAAGGCCUUGAGGACUGGAGGCCAGCCGGGUAUCACACGGAAGAUCGGUAGCCCGGUGAAGAUCAUUGAACGCGAGGGUAACUCGCAUGUAUAUGUUUUGGACACUCCAGGGGUAUUCAUGCCUUUUGUGUCAGAUGCAGAAAAUAUGCUCAAGCUCGCGCUUUGUGGCUGUGUCAAGGAUGCUGUAAUUUCGCCCAUCACACUGGUCGACUACCUAUUAUAUAAGAUCAACUUGCAUGAUACGCAAGCGUAUCAACGCUGGUCUGAACCUACUAAUGAGGUGAUGCCCUUACUUGAAAAAUUUGCGCAAAAGACUGGGCUGCUUGGGAAGGGCGGGAUACCCAACAUUGAUGGUGCUGCUCUGAGCUUUAUACAGAAAUGGCGACAAGGAGACGUGGGUCGAUUCUUACUUGAUGAUCUUGAAGAGGAACAACGGCGGCGGGAUGAUCCUUUGCAGGUAUCACGUUUAAGCAUGACCCAGGCACUGAAGGUUGAGAGGAUAUCUCGCAAAAAGAAAUACGACGUCAAUAGCCCCAAUAUUGAAUAG